AUGUUUGCUGCUCUCCGUCGCGACUACGAAUUGCAGACCGCCUCCGGAACACACAAGGACAAGACCGGGGCGGCGACGGAGGAGGAGGAGAAGGGAAGCUGUUGGGAUAAGAGACUCAGAGCCCAGUUCUCUGUCUUGGUACGGCAGAAAGUAUGGUUGGUGAUGCCUCAUGCAGGGAUUGAAACGGUGGGGAGAACUGCAAUAGCGGUAACUAGUAGUAUACACGUGUUGCCUCAGCAAAACAAGAACACAUUCCCUUUCUUGUUCAAAUAUUUAGAAACCACGACGCAUUCAGAAAUGUUUAAAUAUUGAUGCCUACUCAAGACAUUAUGAUCGAUGCACACACAGAGCUCACUCUUCGCUUGAUGUAAAUGAAUCGAAUAAUG